AUGGCGCAAGUGAUUCGACCACUACAGGUGGACCCUCAGCCGCGUUACGCGACCCCUGUGCGCUAUGCCACCCCCAGCCGUUCCGCCUGCCGCCAUGCCACCCCUGGACGGGUGAGUCCCCAGCUGCCGAUGCCGUGUGGUUGGGCCGGGUGGGCACCGCCGCCACCGCCACUGCAACCUGGAUGGGUGGCGGUGCCAGUGGCCUACAGCCAAGUGCAGCCGCAAGUGCAAAGUCCGGCAGAGUUGGCAGUUGGGGUCACCGUGCGCAUUGGCAGCGUCCAGUGUGUGAUUUCGGAGCCCCUGGGCAUGGGAUCGUUCGGUGUGGUCUGGGCGGCACGCUGCGAUGGCAAGUCCAAGGAGGUGGCCGUAAAAGAGAUGAUUUGCAGCAACCAGACGGAGCUCCACCGCGCGGAGUACGAGAUCAGCCUCCUGAAGACGUCACUUGGGUCUGGGUGA